AGAAACAUCAGCGUGUGUAAACAUAUCCGCUUUAGGCAUCUUGAUUGACCCCUGCAGCCCAGCAUUUAAACAGUUUGCCUGCUCAGACAGCUCCUUCCUGGCUGUCCUCCCCGAUGAUCUUCUGGUCACCCUGUCUGCCUGUUACAGUAAUGGCACCAUUCUAUCGCUGGACCCGAUAUACUCAGCCUUGUUUUUCUCCAAGAUGGACAACAGCAAAACCAGUGCUAUACUUUCCCAACUUAGUAGCCAGUUUACCAGCCUCAGUCCUGAAUGGAGAAAAUUUUUGCUGAGUGGGAUCUGGUCACGCAUCACCCAAAACCUGAACAGCUCUGCAAACCAGUCCCAGUGGAUCCCAGUUGCCAUUCAGCCAUUCCUUGUCUAUACUACUCCCGGCAUGGUGCAGUGUCUGCAGCAGAAGAAUGUGACCUGUGCGACUUUCCAGGAAUUGGUGAAGAACCUUGACCUGGCUUUUCCCAUGAUGACAAAUAUGAAGAGACAAGAGCUCUACCCAGCUCUGAAACUCUUCCUCAGCAGUCGGCAGAAUGCGUCUGGUUUGGCUUGUUCCCUGAAUACCAACAGCAGUGUGUGGAUAAAACAGAACUUGGGGAAAUUUUCUGCAUUUGGAGAAUACAGCGACUUUCUGGCGCUUAAUACAAAUUUCAGUGCUCUGGAUGUGCUGCCCGUCCUCACCGUACCGCAGCUUGCAAACUUCAGCCUGGACUUAGAUGCUGCCAAUAACUCGGCUGCCAUUAGCAGUGUUUUGGGAACGCUACAGAACGCCAGUGAUGUGUAUACCUUUCUGACUUAUCUCAAUGCUGAUAUUAUGUCGAAAAACAUGAGUGCAGUGCACCCACCGCUGGCUCAAGCUCUGCUCAAUAAGACGUUUGCAGCCAUCAAGUCUAACAUCUCUGCAUUCACAACCCAGGACUGGACCCAACUGUUCCAGGAUAAGCUAAACGCUGUGCUGCCUGCAAUCACCCCAGAUCAAAUCAGUCUCAUAGGGCAAAACCUCUCCUGUGACUCCUACCAAGCUAUGUGA